CCCAAUGUGGACUUCUCUACAUCAGGGAGACCGAACGUUAACUUAGGGAAUGGUUCACCGAGCAUCACAGCCGGGCCCAUAGUGGCUGAUCGGACCUCCCAGUCACCACCCACUUUAAUUCCCCUUCCCACUCCCUUUCUAACGUGACCAUCUUUGGCCUCCUCCAUUGCCAAAACAAACCACAGUGCAAAUCGGAGGGACAACUCCUCAUCUUCCAUGACUGCGGUGGAGGAGAGUGCCGGAAAGGGGUUCCGGGUGGUGGAGGAGGGAGGCGAGAAUGGGUUCCUGAAGGUGGAGGAAGAGGCAAGGAUGGGUUCCGGGUGGUGGAGGAGAGGGGUGAGGAUGGGUUCCUGGUGGUGGAGGAGAGAGGCAAGGAUGGGCUCCGGGUGGUGGAGGAGGGAGGCGUUCAUGGCUUUAUGUUUCUGACGUCCCUUUGUUUGUUACAGUUUCAGGAUUGUCACAUCGAAACAGAAAAUUAUGAUGGGUUCCUCGUGGUGGAGGAGAGGGGUGAGGAUGGGUUCCUGGUGGUGGAGGAGGGAGCCGAGGAUGGGUUCCGGGUGGUGGAGGAGGGAGGCGAGGAUGGGUUCCAGGUGGUGGAGGGGAGAGGCAAGAAUGGGUUCCUGGUGGUGGAGGAGGGAGGCAAGAAUGGGUUCCUGGAGGUGGAGGGAGCCGAGGAUGGGUUCCGGGUGGUGGAGGAGGGAGGCGAGGAUGGGUACCAGGUGGUGGAGGGGGGAGGCAAGAAUGGAUUCCUGGUGGUGGAGGAGGGAGCCGAGGAUGGGUCCCGGGUGGUAGAGGAGAGGGGCGACGAGGGGUUCGAGGUGGUGGAGGAGGGAGGCGAGGAUGGGUUCCUGGUGGUGGAAGAGGGAGCCAAAAAUGGGUUCUGGGUGGUGGAAGAGAGGGGCGAGGAUGGGUUCCUGGUGGUGGAAGAGGGAGCCAAGGAUGGGUUCCGGGUGGUGGAAGAGAGGAGCGAGGAUGGGAUCUGGGUGGUGAAGGAGGGAGGCGAGGAUGGGUUGCUGGUGGUGGAGGAGGGGGGCAACGAUGGGUUCCUGGUGCUGGAGGAGGGGGGCGACGAUGGGUUCCUGGUGGUAGAGGAGAGAGGUGAGGAUGGGUUCCUGGUGAUGGAGAAGAGAGGCGAGGAUGGGUUCCUGGUGCUGGAGAAGUGGGUGCGAGGACGAGUUCCUGGUGCUGGAGGAGGGGGGUGGGGCGAGGAUGGGUUCCUGGUGAUGGAGGAGGGGUGUCGAGGAUGGGUUCCUGGUGCUGGAGGAGGGGGGCAAGUUUGGGCCCAGUGCCCGCUAAAGGACCAGGCAACUUCAGCAGUGGCUGCAUUGCUGACAGUGGCCCAGCGCAAACUCAUGGCAGAGGCGUGAUUGGUAGCGGCAAGAUGAUGACGAGCGUUGCAGUGAGGUGAAAUGAUGCUGGCCGACUGCCCCCUGCUGCUGUUAGUCUCUGUGUCAUAUUGGAAAGGCCUGGAUUCAGGGCCAUAGCCAAACUCUUAAGAAGAAUUAUAAUGUUGAACUUCUAACUUAUUUCUUUAUUUUCUAUUUUAUACCUAAGAUAUUGAAUCUCAGGAGAAAGUGAGGACUGC